CUGCAGCCUGAUCUCGAGUUGUGAUGAGGAUUGUACCAUGGGGGAAUUCCGGAAGGCAGUCUAAGAUCGCCAGAUUCUUGUGUGUUUGUGUUGUGGUUCCUGCCUUGCCCCGUUUGACAUUUCCUUCUGAAGUAAAUAACGAGACUGAGGUCAGCGUUAUCAAUGAUGAACAGCCACUCGUGAUGUUGCUGUUCUAGCCACUCCCGGACAAGCGUCGCUUUGCUAGAACCUCGAUAUUCUGCCUUUGCGGAAAUUCCACAUUCGCCAAGAAUAUUACAGUGUCCUUCAUGGAAACGAUUGAUGUCGUUGGCAUGAACCCAGAAUACAGAGGCGUCGGGGUGCUCUGCA